CCAGUCCACAGCUCAACUCCAUCCAUGUGCGCGCAGAACCGACGACGCUCUCCGACUUCCGUCACGGUUCCCACGCUGCGACUUCCGGUCGCGCGCUCGGACAGCCAUGGCGGCUUCUGGCUGCGAUGUGGACCUCCUCGAGACGGCGCGAGAGCCCGGCGCCGCGCGCCACGGCAACUUUAUCAACUACUACACGUUCAAUCCUCCGGAGAACCGGCUGAGGCUGAUCCCGCGCACGCUACUGCAGGACGUGGCACCGCCACACGGCGGCGAACAUGAUGAUGGCGAGGUCGUCCUGGUGCUGGACGUCGGCUGUAAUUCAGGGGACCUCACCGUUGCCUUGUACAAGCACCUGCAGGUGGACCGGUCCAGUGGCUCCGAGACACACGGAAGACUUCACCUCUUGGGCUGUGACCUGGAUGAGGACCUGAUUCUGCGGGCAGUGCGGUCAAACCCUUUCCCUGAAACAAUUUCCUUCAUCCCUCUUGACAUCACCCAAGACUCCACUUUUAGGACGCAGCUGGAAGGCUACCUCGGUUCUUUCGGCCGCUCGACCUUUGACCUGUGCGUGUGCCUUGCAGUCACCAUGUGGGUGCAUUUGAACCAUGGAGAUGCUGCGCUGCUAGAGCUCUUGUCCCGCUUGGCCUCCCUCUGCCACCGCUUACUUCUGGAGGUCCAGCCGUGGAAGUGUUAUCGGUCAGCAGCGCGGCGUAUGCGCAAGCUGGGCCGCCAGGACUUUGAGCACUUCAGAGAGCUGAAGAUCCAGGGGGACAUGGCGAAGCAUGCCACACAGUAUCUUGAGAAGCAGUGUGGUAUGAAACUGGUGUGCUGCUUCGGCAGCACAACCUGGGACCGCACAUUGCUGCUUUUCUCAAGAGACAAGGGUGAGGGACAAAGGCAUCUAUGAUGGCAGCGUUUUAUUUAAUUAUUACUUUUUAAUCUGAAUGUGUGUUCUAUUCAUGGUUAUUCUGAUGCCAGUAUGAAUAUUCACCAGUAGGAAAUGCACCAUUAAAUGCAAUAAAGGAGCAGUGUUGAUCUUAUCUUCCACUCAUUAUGGAACCAGUAGCAUUUCCCCUCCUACCUGGAGCUGUCUGUGCAGUUCCCUCCAGAAUUAUUGGCACCCUUGGUAAAGAUGAUAAAAAGGCUAUAAAGAAGUUUUAAUUGUUCAUUAACCUGAUCUCACUCUCGGAUCAUAAGGGAAAUCUAACCUUUCAUAGAUUUAAAAUUAUUGAAAGAAAAAUAUCUUGCAUGGAAUGUCCAUUAGGGAUAGUAUGGCAUUAGGUUUUACUCAUUUUAUAUAUAAUACAUAUAUAUAUACACACACACACACACACAAAAUUG